AUGCUUAGACAAAGUAUAAGAAGAAGUGCCGCUCCAUUGAGCAAGAUUACUAGAUCAGCUCCAUCAACUCAAUUGAGAUGCUUAUCCGAUCUUUCAAAUGAUCAAAAAACAACACAUUUCGGUUCAAAAACUGUCCUUGAAUCUGAAAAAGAGAAAUUAGUUGGUCAAGUCUUUUCUUCUGUUGCUUCUAAAUAUGAUAUAAUGAAUGAUGUGAUGAGUUUAGGUGUCCAUAGAUUGUGGAAAGAUCAUUUCAUAAGAAAAUUAGACGCCGGUGCAAGACCGGGCGGUAGACCUUUAGAUUUCAUUGAUGUUGCUGGUGGUAGUGGUGAUAUUGCUUUUGGUCUAUUGGAUCAUGCUAAAGCUCGUUUCCAAGAUGACAAGUCUACAAUGACAGUUGUUGAUAUUAAUCCAGAUAUGUUGAAAGAAGGUGAGAAAAGAUUGUUAGAUACUAAAUAUAAAAAUGAUGAUAGAAUUUCAUUUUUAGUACAAAAUGGUGAAGUUUUAGAUCAAAUAGAAGAUAACAGUAAAGAUGUUUAUACCGUUUCAUUUGGUAUUAGAAAUUUCACAAACAUUCAAGCGGGUUUGAAUACAGCAUAUAGAGUUUUAAAACCAGGUGGAAUAAUUGGUAUUUUGGAAUUUUCAAAAGUUGAUAAUACUGUUGUUGAUUUAGCUUAUCAAAAUUGGUCAAAAUUCUUACCAGUUUUCGGUCAAGCUAUUGCAAAUGAUUUUGAUUCAUAUCAAUAUUUAGUCGAAUCUAUUCAAAAAUUCCCAAAACAAGAAGAUUUCAAAUCAAUGAUUCAAGAAGCUGGUUUUUACGUUCCUGAACCUGGUUAUGAAAACUUAACAUUUGGUGUUGCCGCUAUUCAUAUUGGUAUUAAAUUAUGA